AUGGUCUUCGGCAAAACCUCCGGCGGCAAAGGCAACCUCCGUAUCUCAUCUUCUCUCCAAGAUCUCACCUCUUACCGCCACCUAGAUCCCAAAUACUCAAUCCCAACCCUCAAUUCAAUCCAUCAUCAACAACAGCAACAGCAACUGCUUCAGAAUUCAACUUUCUCAAAAACCAAACCUACUCAAACACUAACCCCAGCCCGUAAAAAAUGGGCCAGGCCCAUUACACUCACCCUAUGCUUCUUCAUCUUCCUCAUCCUCAUCAUCUACGCGAUUUCAUCACUUUAUUCUCACCACCGCGCUUCAGGUAAAUACUACGUCGUUUUGGAUUGUGGUAGCACCGGAACUCGUGUUUACGUUUACAAAGCUGAAGUUCAAACUCAACAAAAUAAACAAGAUAGUUUUUUUCCGAUUUCUGUUACUUCGUUGAGAAACGGUUUGCAGAAAAAACGCGGUUCGCAGAGUGGUCGUGCUUAUGACCGAAUGGAAACUGAACCGGGUCUUGAUAAACUGGUUCAUAAUGUAACUGGUUUGAAAACUGCUUUGGAGCCGCUUCUAAAAUGGGCUAUGCAACAGAUUCCGGAAGGCUCUCAUAAAAGCACUUCGCUUUUUCUUUAUGCUACUGCUGGUGUUAGGAGACUUCCAUUUGAGGAUUCUAAAUGGUUGCUUGACAAUGCUUGGAAUGUUCUUAAAGGUUCUUCUUUUGUUUGUAAGAAAGAGUGGGUUAAGAUUAUUACUGGGACUGAAGAAGCUUAUUUUGGGUGGAUUGCUUUGAAUUAUGAUAAUGGUGUUUUGGGUGUUAAGCCUAGGAAACCUACUUUUGGUGCACUUGAUUUAGGUGGUUCUUCUUUGCAGGUUACUUUUGAAAGUGAUAAAAGUUUGAAUAGUGAAACUAGUUUGUAUGUUAAGAUUGGUUCUGUUAAUCAUCAUUUAACUGCUUAUUCUUUGGCGGGGUAUGGGCUUAAUGAAGCUUUUGAUAAAUCGGUUGCUUAUGUUUUUAAGAAAGAGAAAGUCGGUUUAGGUGGAACGGUGAAACAUCCUUGUUUGCAAUCUGGGUAUAAGAAUCAAUAUACGUGUUCUCGUUGUUUGUCUGGUGAGAGAGAAAGGGAAGGCGAGAGUCCUAAAGUUAAUGGGAGUGAGAGUGUUGUUGGUGGUGGAAAAGGUGAGCUGAAAACUUCGGUGACGCUUGUUGGUGCGCCGAAUUGGCAAGAAUGUAGUGCGAUUGGUCAGGUUGCUGUUAAUUUGUCUGAAUGGUCUGAUGUUGGUCGGAGUCUUGAUUGUGAAGUCAGUCCGUGUGCUUUGCGCGAGAAUCUCCCUCGCCCGUUAGGUCAUUUUUAUGUGAUUUCUGGAUUUUUCGUGGUGUAUAGGUUUUUCAAUUUGACUUCCGAGGCUUCUAUUGAUGAUGUGUUGGAAAAGGGUAGGGAGUUUUGUGGGAAAAAAUGGGAUGUUGCUAAGAAAAGUGUUGCUCCACAGCCCUUUAUUGAACAAUAUUGUUUCAGAGCACCUUAUGUUGCUUCUUUGCUGAGAGAGGGCUUGCAUAUUACUGAUAGACAUAUAACUGUUGGUUCUGGAGGUAUCACUUGGACACUUGGGGUGGCUUUAUUGGAAGCUGGGAAGUCUUAUUCGACCAGAUUCGGGCUUCGUGGAUUUGACUUGGUUAAGAUGAAGACGAAUCCUCUGAUUCUUAUUCCCAUUUUGUUACUUUCUCUCAUUCUCUUAUGUUGCGCUUUAUCAUGUGUCCUCAAAUGGGUGCCGAGAUUUUUCCGGAGGCAAUAUCUUCCCCUCUUCAGGAAUAACAACGGGUCCAGCACAUCUGUUCUUAAUAUCCCGUCUCCUUUAUGGUUCAAGAGUUGGAGUCCAAUUAUUUCUGGAGAGUCAAGAAUAAAGACACCGCUCAGCCCAACAAUUGCAGGUUCACAAGAUAGACCAUUUGGCCUGGGACAUGCUCUUGGUGAUAACAGUGGAGGCAUCCAGAUGAUGGAAUCUUCCUUUUACCCGGCAGCUAGUAGUGUCUCACACAGUUAUUCCUCUUCCAAUUUAGUGCAGAUGCCAUUUGAUAGUAGUAAUAUAGGGACAUUCUGGUCGCCCCACAGAAGUCAGAUGCGGCUGCAGAGCAGAAGAUCACAAUCUCGAGAAGACUUGAAUUCAUCAGUGGCUGAUUCGCACAUGGUGAAGGUUUAG